GGUCAACGGCUUGACAUGGGUUUGAUCGUGUCCUACAUAUUUAAACGCAACGCCAGCUGGAAUUUACCGUACUCCGCGCAUGCGCACGACCAGUCGUCCGCCCGACAAGCAGACAUGGCGGCGUCCCUGAUCUGCGGCCGUUUGACGGCAUGUCUGAAGACUUCGGCGCCCAAGGGCGCCAUGGGCUCCGUUUCCAAGGUGCUGUCAGGUUCUUCGGGUCUGUUUGGAGGCUGCCCUUCGACGUCUCCGCCGCUGCAGCAGCAGCAGCUGAGGAGCUUGUCCCUCCAUGAGUACAUGAGCAUCGGACUGCUGAAGGACGCCGGCAUCUCGGUGCCCGCCGGCAUGGUGGCCAGCUCCUCGGACGAGGCCUACGCCGUGGCCAAGCAGAUCGGCUCCAAGGACCUGGUGGUGAAAGCUCAGGUGCUGGCGGGCGGGCGCGGCAAAGGAACCUUCGAGGGCGGACUGAAGGGAGGCGUGCGGAUCGUCUACUCGCCCGAGGAGGUGCGGGACGUUUCCUCGCAGAUGAUCGGCCGCAAGCUGUACACCAAGCAGACGGGCGAGGCGGGCCGCAUCUGCAACCAGGUGUUCAUCUGCGAGCGGCGCUACCCGCGCAGGGAGUACUACUUUGCCAUCACCAUGGAGAGGUCCUUCCAGGGCCCCGUGUUGAUCGGCAGCUCGCAGGGGGGCGUCAAUAUCGAAGACGUGGCGGCGGAAAAUCCCGACGCCAUUGUCAAGGAGCCCAUCGACAUCGUGGAGGGCAUCAAGAUGGAACAGGCGCUCAAGGUGGCGCAGAAGAUGGGCUUCCCGCAGCCGCUGCAGAAGGAGGCCGCCGAGAACAUGAUCAAGCUCUACAACGUCUUCAUCAAGUACGACGCGUCCAUGCUGGAGAUCAACCCCAUGGUGGAGGACUCCUCGGGCGUGGUCAUGUGCAUGGACGCCAAGAUCAACUUUGACUCCAACGCCGCCUACCGGCAGGAGGAGGUUUUCGCCCUUCAGGACUGGACCCAGGAGGACCCGCGAGACCGGCAGGCGGCCAAGGCCGACCUCAACUACAUCGGCCUGGACGGAACCAUCGGCUGCCUGGUGAACGGCGCGGGCCUGGCCAUGGCCACCAUGGACAUCAUCAAGCUGCACGGGGGGACGCCCGCCAACUUCCUGGACGUGGGCGGCGGGGCCACCGCCCACCAGGUCACCGAGGCCUUCAAGCUCAUCACGUCCGACAGGAAGGUUCAGGCCAUCUUGGUCAACAUCUUCGGAGGCAUCAUGAGGUGCGACAUCAUCGCCCAGGGCAUCAUCAUGGCCGUCCGCGACCUGGACCUCAAGAUCCCCAUUGUGGUGCGACUGCAAGGUACGCGGGUGGACGACGCCAAAGCUCUGAUCGCCGCCAGCCCGCUGAAAAUCCUGGCCUGCGACGACUUGGACGAAGCUGCCAAAAUGGUGGUCAGGCUUUCGGAAAUCGUCUCGCUGGCCAAGGAGGCCCAAGUGGACAUCACCUUCCAACUUCCCAUCUGACCUCCUCCUGGCCGCCAGCGCUUCCCGUUUGACCUCACCUGGACA